AUGUAAGAUCAAGUAGCAUAAUAUUAUUAAGAGAAUGAAAGAAGAGAUAUCAUAGGGAUGCAGGAUCACUCAAAUGAUUAGAAGCCAACAAUGAGAAAGCCUUCUCCUACUUUCAUGUCAAAUGAAGUGUUGAAUUAGCCUAUCAAAAAUAAAGACGAGCAUUUCCAAUCUUCGUAUAAUUCUUAUGACAGAUCAUUUAAAUCUAAUGAAAGAUAAGCUACUUAAGUUACAGUUCUUGGAACUCAUGGGGUGAUAACAUCCAUGGAAAAAAAAUCAGAAUCGAGGAAACACUCUGGUAAUCCUAAGAAUUAAAGCUUUGUUACGCUUGGCGAUGAAAAGAUAGCUGACUUUUAGUAAAGCUUUUACAAUUCAUUAUCAAAUUUUCCAGUAAUUGAGAAACAAAAUUAGGCUUCUAAGCCUCCACUUAGUCAAAGAACAAAGCUUUCAGCAAGGAAAAAUCACACUAGCGUUGAUCAUGUUCUAAACAAUCAAUUUCACACUAAUGAUCCUAGUAAAGCAAGCUCGAUCCAUUAACUUGCACAAAAGAAAAGACCUGAUAAUGCUAGAAGGUCAAAUGGAGAUGUUAUAUCUCAUUCACAUAGAAAUUCAAUUGAUAGAUCAAUGUUCCUCAAUAAAACUAGAGAUUUAAAAGCUGAGGAUGAGUUAUCUAUGAGAUAGAAGCAAACUUAAAGCAUAUAUAAUCAGUUUUAAUCAAGAUCUAACAAUAGUAGUAAAGCUAGUGGUUCUUUCGUAGAUUGCUUGACAAUCGACUAUACAAAAGCACUUAAUUAGUAUAAGAAUGAGCUACUUGAAAAUGCUAGAAGGCAUACUAUCUCCUAAUAAUUUUAAAACAUGAAUUCAAGGAGCUAAAGUAGAAAUGCUCUUGAAGGGAAGCUAAGUUUUGAAGAGUGUUUGGGGCUAGACCCAAUGAAAGUGGUGCACGAUUAAAAAUAAAAGUAAAGAUAGAAGAAUCAAGAUAUUACCAAGAAAGAGAUAGGGAGACACCAGAGCAAAAGAGAACAGGAGAAACUCAAACUGAUUCAGAGGAUUGAGAAAACUCAUGGUGAUUUUGUAAACACUUUUACUGGUGAUCCUAUUUAAUCUGCGUACAUGUCAAAGUAAUCAGACUAGAGCACUUCAUAUAAUACAGGCAGGAAUAGUUAGUAGAAAAAAGAGCUGCAACUAUCAAACUACUUGAAAAGUCAAAUUACUUAGAAGCAAGACGAAAUGAUGAAGCAAAAGAAGUCUUAGAUAAUGGAAGAAUAAGUUUAUCUCAAAAUUCUUGAGAAAAUGGAGCUAAAGGAAAAGCAAAAACUGGUUAAUAAGCAGAAGGAGAUUACACAUGAAACGAGAUAGUCACUGAGGACAUCGGAAGUGUAGAAAGAAAAGUAAGAAUUGCAAAAGAAGAUUUAGAGUUAGAGAGAAAGGGACAGCUUGAGAGGAGGUCCACAGCACUAAUAAAAGAAGAAUGACAUUUUGACUAAGUAUCUCCAAAAUAAUGUGCUUUUUAAUGCAAGAGAGAGAAGUACCAGUAAAAAUAGAUAACAGACUCUUUCUAAGUUCCUAAAUCCUUAAUGA